AUGGCCCCUCAAGAGUCCAAGGCGGCUCCAAAGCCACCAAUGACCAAUGAAGCUUUUCUUGUAAAGUGCAUCAAACACAGCAAGGACAAGCUCAAUGUCGACUGGGACGAAUUCGCAAAGGACACUGGUAUGAGCGUUGGAGGUGCUCGCAACAAGUUCCGCCUUGUCAUGAGAAGCCUCGAGGAAGCUGGUGCCGCUUGGUCUGUGAAAGACAGCCAGGGUAAUCCUAUCACCACCACCAGAAAGACUGCAGCUGCUGGAACCAAGCGCAAGGCGAACACCGAGGCGAAGACAAAGAAGACCAAGGACGAGAAAGCGGCGGGAGGAAAUGGCACUGAUUCUGGAAAGACUGUCACCGCUACUGCUACUGCUGAUGCACGAGCUGAUGCUGAGGCUGAAGAAGAACAAGAACCACCAAGCAAGAAGGUUGCUCGUCCUCGUCCUCGUGCUCCUCGCAAGCCAAAAGCUGCUAAGGAGGACGAACAGAGCACUGAGGAAGUUCAAGUUGUUGUUUCUAUUGAGUGA